CCGCCUCCCGGCAUAGGACCCUUUUUUUCCUUUCUUUGGCUGCCGUCAUCGUGCUCCCAUCAAUUCUUCAACAAGCAAGCGCUGGCCGAGGGCGCAUCGGAGGGGGCACGAUGGCGUUUUGUUCCGUGUGCGACAGGUACUUCCGGACCGAGUCCGCCUACUACCAGCACACGAGGGCGUCGACGGCGCACAUGUUCGACUGCCACCGCUGUCUUCGGCACUUCACGUCCUUUGGCGCACGGCGGCAACAUGUGCGCGAUUCGAUGCAUCACCACGUCUGCUACACGUGCGACGAUGAACCCGACUUCCCCACUGCCGAGGGGCUGCACACACACGAGUCUGUCGCCCACAACGAGUGUGCCAUCUGCCAUCGCCGCUUCGAUACGCCGUCGAAUCUGCGUAGCCACCGCGUCGUGCAUUGGGAUGACAAUGUCGAGUGCUUCCGCUGCUACCGUACAUUUGUUACAAACUCUGCCAUGGUUCUACAUCUGGAGACGGGAACAUGUCCUUCCGGAGCGACGCAAGGCUCCGUGACGAGUGCCGCGUUGCGCGGAUACCAAUCUGCGGCGUACACAAGAUCCUACUACCGUGCCUAUGACGACGACGCGGAUUUCCAGUGUCCGGACUGCGCGAAGCCUUGCCGCUUUGCGAGCGCGCUGCUUCAGCAUGCUGAGAGUGGCUGUUGCGACGUUUCGCUCGAUGAGGACAGUCCUCUAUGGGAUUGCCUUGAGGAAAUCAAAUGCUCCGCUUGACGGCUGGUUGGGGCAUGGCGUUCGAGCUCCUCCACCUGCGUCGCGCGGCACGCCCAGAUGGAUGGGGAAAGGAAUUGGCUGUCGCCUUGUUAUGCGGCCUGCACCACCGGUCUUGUUGAGGAGAUACCGAGAUGGUGCCCCCGCGCACGAUACUGUAAUAAUAAAGAGGAACCUUUAUUUGCCCAC